GCUAUGAAUUGUGGGAUAGUAAUGGCGGCUCUGGUCCGGUAAACAGACGCGUUGUGUUUACUAAAGCCUCCGUUUAUUUAUUAUCCACUAACAGCCACUAGCUCCGUGUUUUAGAGGCUCUUCUCCUCCAGCAGUAGGCCGCACAUUCCUCCCCGGCCUGGUGGUAGUCCUCCCCCCGGCCUGGUGGCUCCUCAGGCGGGCAGCUCCCGGUACUCCUCCCCGGCCUGGUGGCUCCACAGGCGGGUAGCUCUCAGGCUAGCCGCCGCUAGCUUCUCCAUCCGAGAUAAUGGACGAGGACGUGUCCAUGCACAGACUGGAGGGGACGGACCCGUCCUCUCAGGUGGGAGGUCUGCUGGUGAAGAAGAAGAGCGCCGCUGCAGAGCCUCACGUCUUCAGAGCUCCGACUCCUCGCACCUCCCUGCUGGGUCUGGACCUGCUGGCCGCCCAGAAGAGGAAGGAGAGGGAGAACAAGGAGCAGGCGGAGGCCGAGGAGGGCAGCAGGAAGAAGUCCAAGGUCUCCUCCUACAAGGACUGGGAGGAGAACAGGAGCGACUCCUCUGAUGAAGAGGAGGAAGACAAGGAGAGCGGAGCCAAGAAGGAGAGCAGGAAGUACCGUGUGACUGGCUCCGAGACGCCGUCCAACCCCGGAGGAGUCAGCGAGGAGUUCAAACGCCGACACCAGCAGAGAGAGAAAGACCGGCGAGAACACGGAGUCUACGCCUCGUCUAAAGAAGAUAAAAACAGAGAACGAGACCGAGAACGCAGCAGAGACAAGGGGAGGGACAGACGGGGGGAACGAGAUGAGCGAGAGAGCAGCCGUGGCAGCAGCAGCAGCCGGUCGGAGCGUUCGGAGCGUUCGGAUCGCGGAGAGAGGAGCGAUCGCUCUGAACGGAUCAGCAGAGGAAGCAAGAGAGACGAACCUCUGACGCCUCAGCACCGACCCAGAGACUCUUUCACCCCGUCCCGCUCCAACUGGGAGGAGGAUGACAGCGGUUAUUCCAGCUCCCGACAUUCCCAGUGGGAGUCUCCGUCUCCGGCUCCGUCUAACAGGGAGAUGGAUCGAUCAGAGAGAAGCCAUCGCUCCGGACGGGAGAGCGAGAGGAGAGACAGGUCAGUGAGAGGUCGGUACUCUGACGACACGCCGCUGCCGACUCCAUCAUACAAAUACAACGAGUGGGCCAACGACAGGAAGCACCUGGGCUCUACGCCACGUUUAUCACAAGGAAAAGGUAGGAAAGAUGAGAAUGUGGGAGGAAUUCUGUUUGAUAAUGAGGACGAGAAGGACCAGUGGGAGGAGGACCAGAAGCAAGCGGACAGAGAUUGGUACAUGAUGGACGAAGGCUACGACGAGUUCCACAACCCGUUCACCACCACGUCUGAAGAAUACGUGAAGAAGAGAGAACAGAUCCUCCAGAAACAGACUCAGAAGAGGAUCUCCGCCCAGAAGAGACAGAUCAACGAGGACAACGAGCGGUGGGAGACCAACCGGAUGCUGACCAGCGGCGUGGUCCAGAGGCUGGAGGUUGAUGAAGACUUUGAGGAAGAUAACGCUGCCAAGGUUCACCUGCUGGUUCACAACCUGGUUCCUCCGUUCCUGGACGGGAGGAUCGUCUUCACCAAGCAGCCGGAGCCGGUGAUCCCUGUUAAAGACGCCACGUCCGACAUGGCCAUCAUCGCUCGUAAAGGCAGCCAGCUGGUCAGAAAACACCGAGAACAGAAAGAACGCAAGAAGGCGCAGCACAAACACUGGGAGUUAGCAGGAACUAAACUGGGAGACAUCAUGGGGGUGAAGAAGACGGAGGAGGAGGACAAACCAGGAGGAGCCGCCGUGGGAGAGGACGGGAAGGUAGACUACAGAGCAGAGCAGAAGUUUGCGGAUCACAUGAAAGAAAAGAGUGAAGCCACCAGUGAUUUUGCCAAGAAGAAGACUCUCCUGGAGCAGAGACAGUAUCUGCCCAUCUUUGCUGUCAGGCAGCAACUUCUGAACAUCAUAAGGGACAACAGCAUCGUGAUCGUGGUCGGGGAGACGGGCAGUGGGAAGACCACCCAGCUGACUCAGUACCUGCAUGAGGACGGCUACACCAGCUACGGCAUGGUGGGCUGCACGCAGCCUCGAAGAGUGGCCGCCAUGAGCGUCGCCAAGAGAGUCAGCGAGGAGAUCGGCACCAACCUGGGGGAGGAGGUCGGCUACGCGAUCCGUUUUGAGGACUGCACGUCAGAGAAAACCCUGAUCAAGUACAUGACGGACGGGAUCCUGCUGAGAGAAUCUCUGAGGGAGUCGGACCUGGACCACUACAGCGCCGUCAUCAUGGACGAGGCCCACGAACGCUCUCUGAACACGGACGUGCUGUUUGGUCUGCUGAGGGAGGUCGUGUCUCGUCGUACUGAUCUGAAACUCAUCGUGACUUCUGCUACGAUGGACUCUGACAAGUUUGCUGCAUUUUUUGGCAACGUUCCUAUUUUCCACAUUCCAGGAAGAACAUUUCCUGUAGACAUCUUGUUUAGCAAGACUCCUCAGGAGGACUACGUGGAGGCAGCAGUGAAACAGGCGCUGCAGAUCCACCUCAGUGGGUUAAUAGGAGACAUCCUCAUCUUUAUGCCCGGCCAGGAGGAUAUCGAGGUGACGUCUGACCAGAUCGUGGAGCGUCUGGAGGACCUGGAGAACGCUCCGGCUCUGGCCGUGCUGCCCAUCUACUCCCAGCUGCCCUCUGACCUGCAGGCCAAGAUCUUCCAGAAGGCUCCAGACGGUGUGAGGAAAUGCAUCGUGGCUACAAACAUCGCUGAGACUUCCCUCACUGUGGACGGGAUCAUGUUUGUUGUAGAUGCAGGAUACUGCAAACUGAAGGUUUUCAACCCUCGUAUUGGAAUGGAUGCUCUGCAGGUUUAUCCCAUCAGCCAGGCUAACGCUAACCAGCGCUCCGGCAGAGCUGGACGUACCGGACCAGGACAGUGUUACAGGCUGUACACUCAGAGUGCGUAUAAGAACGAGAUGCUGACCACCACCAUCCCAGAGAUCCAGAGGACCAACCUGGCCAACGUGGUGCUGCUGCUGAAGUCUCUGGGGGUCCAGGACCUGCUGCUGUUCCACUUCAUGGACCCCCCCCCUGAAGACAACAUGCUCAACUCCAUGUACCAGCUCUGGAUCCUGGGGGCGCUCGACAACACAGGAGCGUUGACCCCGACGGGCCGUCUGAUGGUGGAGUUUCCUCUGGACCCGGCGCUCUCCAAGAUGCUGAUCGUGUCGUGUGAUAUGGGCUGCAGCGCCGACAUCCUCAUCAUCGUCUCCAUGCUGUCGGUGCCGGCCAUCUUCUACAGACCCAAGGGUCGAGAGGAGGAGAGCGACCAGGUGAGGGAGAAGUUCUCGGUCCCGGAGAGCGACCACCUCACCUACCUGAACGUCUACAUGCAGUGGAAGAACAACAACUACUCCAGCAUCUGGUGCAACGAGCACUUCAUCCACACCAAAGCCAUGCGCAAGGUGCGUGAGGUGCGCUCCCAGCUGAAGGACAUCAUGGUGCAGCAGAGGAUGAACCUGAUCUCCUGUGGUUCUGACUGGGACAUCAUCAGGAAGUGUAUCUGUGCUGCGUACUUCCACCAGGCCGCCAAGCUCAAGGGAAUCGGGGAAUAUGUGAACGUGAGGACAGGAAUGCCGUGUCACCUCCAUCCCACCAGCUCGCUGUUCGGGAUGGGCUACACCCCCGACUACAUCAUCUACCACGAGCUCGUCAUGACAACCAAGGAGUACAUGCAGUGUGUAACAGCAGUGGACGGAGAGUGGCUGGCUGAACUGGGACCAAUGUUCUACAGCAUCAAACACGCUGGGAGGAGCAGACAGGAGAACCGGCGGCGGGCCAAGGAGGAGAUCACCAACAUGGAGGAGGAGAUGUCGAUGGCGGAGGAGCAGCUCCGUGCUCGCCGAGAGGAGCAGGAGAAGAAGAACAACAACUCUGGCACUGUGAGGGCUGUGAAAAUCUGCACCCCAGGAAGAAAAGACGAAGCUCCCAUGACGCCCAGACGCACCCCGGCCCGCUUCGGACUGUAGAACCAGAACCAGAACCAGGACCAGGACCAGAACCUGAACCAGGACCUCCUGGAGGUUAAACCCAUGUUGAUUUCUUCUCAUCUAGAACUCACCAGCAGAAGCAACCCCAGUGUAACUCCCAGCUGUUGUGCUGCAGUUCCUGAUCCCGCCACUAGAGUGAGAACUUGUAUAAGGCACCAGACGAGCCGCUCCACCACAAACCAUUUCAUGAUCACAUGUAAGAAAUAAAGGACUGCAGCUAGUUUGUUUUUUGUAUAUUCAGUAUUUAUAUGUUACAGUGUUUUUACUGAUGUCUCUCUAAUGAUUUUAUCUGAGCUGGAAACGAUUAAUUUUCUAUCUUCUGUUGCUUUUUCUCCAUCCUGACUGUAUCCUGAGAGGGAAACUGAUAAAUAGUUGAUCUGAUUUCAA